UGUAUAUAAAACCAAACUUUAUGUUAAGGAAUAAAGCAAGCAAUUUGCAAAGGAUUUCAGUUUCUUACAUUUCUCGACCGUGUAAGAAACUUUCAAGUUUUCAGCGACAAGAAGCUCUGUGAAAUGGAGAAGCCACAGAGAUGUGUACGGUGGGGUUACGAGGUUAAUACCUCUUCCGAUGAUUGCAUCAAGGCAAUCGACUCCUACUUUCAUCAGGUUCUUAGCUACGGUAGGAACUACAAAGUGAUUCUAGAAGCACCACUCUACGAUAAAGAUUGUGUUUUAGGAAACAUUUUAGCUGCUCAUUACCUUUCCACAUCGGAUCUUUCCAAAGCUAAAACCUAUGUUGAAGCUGCAAGAUCCAAUCUUGAACAAGCUACAUCUUAUGAGAAAGCUGUAUUCGAGGCUGUUAGUUACCUCAUCUCCGAGGACAGAGAUGAUGACUUGGCUCUUAAGUUGCACAACGAGCUACUUAAAAGAUACCCCAAGGAUCUGGCCUCUCUGAAGAGAGCUCAGAUUUUAUGCUUCUACAUGGGACAGCCUGCUCCCUUUUUGAGUCUUGUUCAGCAAGUUCUACCAGUGAAUCAAGAAGAAAGUUACAUACACGGUAUGCUUGCGUUCCCUUUGUUAGAACUUGGUCGAAUGGAAGAAGCUGCCGCAGCUUCGAAAAAAGGCUAUGAGAUUAACAAAGAAGACGCCUGGGCACAUCACUGUUUGUGUCAUGUUCUUCACCAUGAAUGCAAGUUUAAAGAAGCAGUGGAGCUCAUGGAAGAACUCGCAGAAUCUUGGCACUCUUGCUCAUCCUUCAUGUACACACACAAUUGGUGGCAUAUUGCUCUCUGUUACUUGGAAGGAGGGUCACCAAUGAGCAAAAUAGAGGAGAUUUAUGAUAAUCACAUCUGGAAUGAAUUGGAGAAAGACGAGGCAGUUCCUACCGAAGUUUACCUCAAUGCUCUUGGUCUGUUAGUACGUUUGGAUGUAAGAGAUGCUCUUAAAGGUUCAUUUGAAGACCGUCUCAAACUCCUUGCAGCUCGUUUGACUGAUCAGGAAAACUGGUAUGUGAAAUGGCACCUUGACAUAUUGAUAGUUUGGGCAUUAGCCAAGGUUGGAGAGACUUCAAAAGCUGAUGAAUUACUCGAGGGUCUGAAGUUCAGAGUAUCAAAGAUGAACAAGAAGAAACAACAAGUGAUGCAGAAAGGGCUUCAGCUCGGAGAAGCUGUUUAUGAAUACGCAAAGGGUAACUACAAGCAGGCUCUAGAACUACUUGGUUCAGAUUUUAACGCUUUUGGUUACAAGAUGAUUGCGGCAUCAGAUGAACAGAUUGAUGUUUUCAACGAAAUGUGGUGCCAACUGCUGCUAAAGACAGGCCAAUCCUCCACUGCAAAAGAAGUGAUAAGAGAGAGAAUCAAGGUCAGAGAUGGUGUUCCUUUCACGUGGCGUUUACUGGAGAAGAGUUAUGCCAUGGAAGGCAGUGCAGAGGCUGAGAGUGCAGGAGAGAAAGCUAAGAAGUUGGAAGCUUCUUAUUUCUAACUCUGCUUCUUCCUCUUCAUAAUAUCUUAAUAAGGUGUUUAUACUUUUCUAAGCUAAAGAAGUAAAUCAUUUGGAAUAAGUGUGGUGUACACACUGUUUAAAAGUAAAAAAGAAACUCUUUUAUUACUUGUAGCCAGAAAAACAAAAGUUUUUCAGAAUAAUAUAUUGACACUAUACUGAGAGAUCUCUCUCCAGCUUUUAUUUUGUUGAAGAAUUCUUGACACAAGUCGCUUGAGUGUUUUACAACGAACGAACAAAUAUUAAAAGCUGUCAUUGAGGCUUUUGUUACACUAGAAAGCGCUUCUAUAUUAUACAUUUGGACUGUUCCUCAGGAACAGCCUUGUUUGAUCGUGAGGUUGAGAUCAUAUUGACAUCAAAGGAAGAACACCAUCUGUAAUUAUAUUAUCAUGUGAUCUUAAUGUUCUGGCUUAACAGAUUGAUAUUCAAUAUUGCUAUAUGGACACGAUCUGCAAUUAUAUUAUCAUGUUUGGCUCCAUGUGACAG